AUGCAAAAAUUGAUUUGGAAUAUUACCGAUCGCGAACGUAUUUAUACGUGUAUAGCUCGAAAUAUAAAUGGCAACACAGCAGUACAAGCAAACGUUACAAUUGAUGAUAAGAGACCAAUACCACGACUAAGCAUAGAACCUUUUGAUUUGGAUGUUGUCACUGGAACAAUUUUUGAAAUGCCUUGCAAAGUGGAAGAUAAUACCAGCGUACAGCUAAUAUGGAGACAUGAUGGACGACUUGUAGUUCCAAACGCAUAUGCAAAUGACAAAUACAAAGUCAGUGGAUCCGGCAGUCUUAUUGUAAAAAAUGUUUCGAUCAAAGAUGAAGGUCGUUAUGAAUGUGCAGUGAAAAAUAAAUACGGACGUGUAACUGCUUCAGGGCUAGUGAAGAUCAAGUAAGUUCCCCAAUUACACCACCAUUUUUUUGUCUAUAAACUUAUCGCCCUACCAAUGCUC